UUAGAGUAUUGAGCAAAUGUUGCCUUUGUAUAAAUAAACUGAACAGUAAGCCUUUUUCAAACAUAUUUAUUUUAGAUAUGAGAAAAUUCCAGUGCCUCAUUUCAUUUUUAACUGGCAUAGCAGUGAGUGUCAUUCUCUCAGUAACUUUUUGUAGCAUCCAAAGGAACCUGACUCCAUUCGCUGUGACUCCCUGUAAUAUAUCUAUUGUACGACUUGGUGUUACUGUUGAAAACAGAAGUGUUGCUCUGGAGCUGAGGCAUAGGGUAAGAGUGUUAUGCUGGGUAAUGACACUGCCCCUACACCUGCAAUCAAGAACUCAACAUGUUCGUGCCACAUGGGCCAAACGCUGCAACAAAAUUCUCUUCAUGAGCUCAAAGGAGACACCCUUCCCAACAGUAGGGCUAAAUGUUUCGGAAGGACGGAGUCAGCUCUACUGGAAGACCAUACGGGCCUUUCAGUACAUUCACAGACACCAUCUGGAUGAUGCUGACUGGUUCCUUAAAGCUGACGAUGACACGUUUGUUGUCAUUGAGAAUUUGCGCUAUGGUCUGUCAAAACACAACACUGAGGAGCCACUGUAUUUUGGACGGAGGUUCAAGCCAUUUGUAGAACAGGGCUACAUGAGUGGAGGGGCUGGCUAUGUUCUCAGUAAGGAAGCUUUGAGGAGAUUCGUGAAGGGUUUUGCUGAUGGACUUUGCAAACACAGCACUGAAAUUGAGGAUAUUGGACUAGGACAUUGCAUGGAGACAAUGAAAGUGAGUACUGGUGAUUCCAGGGAUGUGAUGGGGAGACAAACCUUUCACCCGUACCCUCCGGACUAUUACCUGCUCAGACAGCUAACCAGACCACUACCUUGGCACCUCAUAUAUGAUCAUUAUAAACCAGUUGAGGGCCCUGAAUGCUGUUCAGAUUUAGCUAUCUCUUUCCACUACAUACAUGCAGUGGAAAUGUACACAUUGGAAUACUACACCUAUCACUUGCGCCCCUAUGGUUAUAAAUACAGAAUUAACCUAGACAAACUGUUAAAUAAAAUAAAUUAGAUCAUAUUUUGGGAUACAUGACCUUACAUGUCAUAAAU